CAUUUGCCUUGACUUUCUAGAAAUUUGCUUCAGGGGUGGAGAAUGCUUCCAGGUGAGCCUCAUUGGGUUCAGCUAGUUGUGACAGACGCAGUUCAUUUGGGGGUGGGUGGGAUGGAGAAUGGUGAAGAGAGGAUAAAAGGCUUUGAAAGCCUCUUCAGAGUCCUUUCUGCCAGGAAAACUUUUCAGUCUUCUGUUUUAACAGGCAAAAACAAUUAGUGACAAACUGCCUGCCUGUUGUUUUCUCCACCUUAUUAUGCCAUCACCCAUUCCUCUUAAUUGUUUUCUCCAUUUUGAGUUUUCCCCAUCUGCGGACUUGCGACCCUGCAGCAGCCCCUUAGUUAUCCCUGGCAAAGACAGCAAGAGCUCUCUGGGAGGAACUCCAUCUAUCAGGACCCGCCGCUUGCCUCCACGCUUGGCCUGGUGCUCCAUUGACUGGGAUCAGCUCCGCCUCCUGCAGCCUCUUGGUUCUGGGGGCUUUGGUUCUGUCUACAAAGCCACCUACCAUGGUGCCACUGUGGCUGUGAAGCAGGUGAAGAAGAGCAGCAAAAACCGGCUGGCAUCACGGCAGAGCUUCUGGGCUGAGCUGAAUGUAGCCUGGCUACAGCAUAAUAAUGUGGUACGUGUGGUGGCUGCCAGCACAUGUGCCCCAGCCAGCCAGAACAGCCUGGGGACCAUCAUUAUGGAGUACGUGGGCAACAUCACCCUGCACCAUGUAAUCUACGGCACUGGAGGUGUGUGGAGACAGGGUGAAGAUGAUGAAGGAGGAUGUGGAGGGAAGGCCCUGAGCAUGGAGGAGACUGUGUGCUAUUCUUGUGACAUUGUGACUGGCUUAGCCUUUCUUCACACACAGGGCAUUGUGCACUUGGACCUGAAGCCUGCAAAUGUCUUCAUCACUGAGCAGGGAGUGUGCAAGAUUGGAGACUUUGGAUGCUCCCAGAAGCUGGAGGAGGGCUUGUCCCAGAGCCCCCAUGUUUGCCAGCAGGGGGGCACGUACACACACCGUGCCCCUGAGCUCCUGAAGGGCGAGAGGGUCACUGCCAAAGCGGACAUCUACUCGUUUGGCAUCACCCUCUGGCAGAUCGUCAUGCGGGAGCAGCCCUACCUGGGCGAGCGGCAGUACGUGCUCUACGCUGUGGUAGCCUACAACUUGCGCCCUUCGCUGGCUGCUGCCAUUUUCCAUGAGUCACCAGUGGGACAGAGACUGCAGAGCAUUAUCAGCUGCUGCUGGAAGGCUAAUGUAGAGGAGCGCCUAAGUGCAGCCCAGCUGCUUCCCAGCCUCAAGGCCCUCAAGCAGAGCCUCUAGGAAAACUAGGGACUGUUUCCUUUGCUGCUGCCUCUUCUUUCCCCCUGCCUUUUCUCUGAACAUGAUGAUUUAGCCCCUGUGUGAUCUAAAGGCUUUGUUGCUGUGUUUUAUACUCAAGAAAAAAAAGAAACUGUUUUGAUAUUUUGCUGUAAGAAGAUUAUAAAUAAAUACAUUUAUCAAAACUGUGGGGUUUUAGCAUGGAAGGGGAUAGAGGCAAGGAUCGAGACAUUAGCAACUCUGGCUUUCUCUGGUUGAUCUGUUGUGAGCUUCCUUGCUCAGGGAGAAAAUGGGGAAUGUGAUGUGCAGAGAAAUAGCUGUUUUCAAAUAAGUAUAUAAAAGGGGCUGCUUCUGGAAGGUUCUUUGUACUUAAUGCCUUUUGGUAUCUCCAAAAUGUCAGCUAUGAAUAGUUCUUUGCUAGGUUUGUGUGUUUGAGCUUUUCCUCUUCAUUUACGAAGGAAUGAGUAUGCAUCACAAAUUAAUGAAUACAGAAAAAGAAAUAGAGUGUCAGUGGGUUCUCUUCUUGUUCUUGGAUGUACUUAAUCUCGGUGAGUAUGCUCUUUCUGAAAUGGAAGAUGUGAACUACCCAUACACUCAUCUAAACAAGGAACAUUUUUGUUAGUCUAAGGCUAUUAAGAGUAAGAACAAUCAUUAACAAUUUGUGCUUUUGUGAGACCUCUGUGCUGCCAGGUGUAUAGCUGCAACUUGCUAGUUGGUAUAUUGUAAACUUUAUUUAGUUUGAAGUAUUAUAAGAGUAUCUUGUAUGGAAUAGGAAGUUCCCAGGUUUUGGAGGUACAGGCAGAGUAUAAAAACAAAAAUAAUUGGGAAAAUAUGAAGGGAGAUGUAUAGAUACCAAAACCUCCUAAAUCGUGGUCAGGGGGGUGUUACUCUUUGUAAUGCAUGGGUAAGUAUUAGAUAAGAUACUUGAAAUACUGAAAAGGAAAACUGAUUAAAGCAGCAAUAAUGAUCCUCUGCCACUGCUCAAAGCACUAUUGAACUAUACUCUGUACUGCUUAUGCUUUCUCUGCUAUCUUUCCUAACCUGGUUGCAAUGUGUCUGAGAAAAGAAGUGCUGAGAAAAAAAGUAGGCAAUGCUGGAGACAAAAAGCUCUGAUCCCUGAUUUAUCAGAACUGAUAAUUAUACAUCUAUUGAGCUCUGAACCCUUAUCUGGAGCUAGGAAGAUCUGUCUGCUGUAGCUGAUAAUUGCUGUUCAGUUCAACGACUCCACUUCUUGACACAGGAGAGUGAGUGAUGUUUCAGUCAAACUGUUUUACUUUUUUCCCCUUCCUCCCUCUUGCUUCCAUUCUGGAGAAAAAUCCCAAAGGAAUCAAGCAGGCUUCCUGAUUUUUGACACACAUCUGUUCUUAGCCCUAUGGAAUCCUGGAAAUGAGCAGCUAUGUGAAUUUGAGAUGAUUCUGUAGGUCUUUAUGGUAUUUGGCUUGGCCAUUGAUAUUAAUGGUUUAUAAAGUGUAUCUAAGCUUAAUUAUUUCUUGCUCUUCUGUCCCCCUUAAUUGGAACUGUAAAAUGCUUCGUGGGAUCAAAAAACCCAAGGUAAAUUCUGGAAUAGAUUUCCUGCGUUUUCUCUGUCAAAAUAAUUGUGCUAUAGGAAAAGAACUUCGUUUUUUUUCAUGUUGCAUAACAAGAAUCUCUUAUAAAGCUUAUCAGAACCAGCCAGUUACCUUUUAAAAUUAUUAGCUGAGGGCAUAUAAGAUAAAAUGUUGGAUAAAGAAAUUGGCAUGCCUCACCUUAACAUCAAGCCUUAGAUAAAAAUAUUUCUCCAGUCUUCAAAAGAAUAUAAUAAAGAAAUGGAAUUAAAGCUUUUGAAUAGUUCUAGAUACUUAUGUGUUGUAUUUAUUUUGCCAGUCUAGGUAGCUUGUUGCUUAAACUGCUAGGAACUUGCUGUUGUGCUUAAUGAUACUUUAGUAUCAAUAAGUGCUACUUGAGUCUCUCUGAAAAAUCAAGCACCCUUCAAAUCCUCUGCUAUACUUGACAGAAGAAUACUGGAUGGCCAAGACCUGCUCUUGAAGGUGUAAUCAGCUCUGCAGAUGUGUCCGUCUGUUUUACCGAGCUCUCUUUUGAAUGGGAGGAAGAACUCUGCACAGCUCUCAAAAUAGGCACAUCAUAACCUGCUGUCAUAAAGAUGCUUUCUAUUCUUUAGCAUCUGCAAAAAUUUGAUAUGCUUCUUUUUGGUUGCUGAUGAGCCUUGAGUUAAUUCUAAUCAAGAAA